CGUGCAGUCUCAAUCUCGACAGCACAUUGUUUGCACGUGAAAAUAUAAUCAUUCGUUCUCUAAUAGACGGAUGGUGCGAGUUGUGCACACGUGUCAUUGGCGAUUUAAAUUAAACCCCGGGCUAACGAAUUGAUAUAUUGCAGUUGGAACACGCGGCCUUGAGACAGAGAGGGAAAAACAAGUGAUGGUUCAGAGACAGAAAUGAUUUAUGAAAAAAAAGUCAUCGUGUGAGUGAACAAUGAAAAAGUGAAUACUAUAUGUAUAAUUUUUUUCGUAGAUUGGAUGAUUAAUUGAUUUUACAAAGAAUACCUCAAUAAGAUUUAAAAGUUAAAAUUCCCGCGUGGAUCAGCUGGGUCGCGAUUGGUCGGUUCUGCUUGUCAGCGAGCCACUGAUUGGUCGCCCCCACUUGUUAUCUUCGCCCUCAUUGGUCGCCUCCAAAAACACCAGAAGAGACAGCGCCAAAAAUGAAAGCAGAGAUCUCACGUCCCGGGAAUGAAUUUUCUCAACAAAAAAGAAAACGAAGUUAUGAUAAAGAAAACAGCAACAGUAGUAUGAAGUGUAGCAAAUGGAGUUUAGGUGGAGAUGUUGGUACAGAUCCUCCGCUCCUGGCAGACAUGGGUCUGUCGAUUCUGCAGGAUGAGGAGGAGAUGACAGGACCUACGCCUACUCCACCAACCACUGAAGUCAACACAAGUAACCCUCCUCCAGCACCAAAGGUAUUGCAACAGUCAAAUCAGAAUGUAGUCGGUCAUGGUUCCUUUCUUCCUGAUGACUUAGUUAAUGAAGAAGAAUUUUUUGUUUAUAAACGGAGAAGAUUAGAUGCCAUUUCGGGCGAUGAUAAAUUCAACCGCAUGUCAGAUGAAUUAAUAUUAGCAGUGUUUCGAUGGCUCCCAAAGUUUAUGCUAGCAAGAUGUGCACAGGUUUGCCGCCGUUGGAAAAGGCUUGCUUUUGAUGAAUCUCUGUGGCGAAGACUUGAUCUUGGUGGAAAGACCCUCAACCCUGGGGUAGUUGGCAGAGUCAUUCUCAGAGGAUCAUGUAUACUUAGACUAGCAAAAGCAGAGGUGGAUGGUCCAAUUUUUUCACCACAGCUUCAAUAUCUUCCAAGUCUACCUCCAAUUAGGAGUAAGCUACAGUACUUAGAUCUUAGUAUGGCUGCAAUAGAACCCCCAGCGCUUGAGGAGUUGCUGAGUGUGUGUUUUGACCUGAAGAAAUUGAGUCUUGAGCAUUGCACUAUCAACCAGACAAUUUGCUCACACAUCGCCAACAACCCUAACUUAGAUACGCUUAAUAUGGCCAUGUGCUAUGGCUUGAACCACUCCAGUAUUCUUUAUAUACUCACAAACUGUAAAAAAUUGGUAAGUUUGAAUCUAGCUUGGACUGGAUUGACUACAGAGGAUCUUCGGGUAAUAUGUCGUCGCUUUCCUAAAUCACUCGAGAGGUUGAAUAUUUCCGGUUGCAGAAACACAUUGUCUGAUACACAUGUAAGAUUGUUGGCUGAACAGUCACCUGGCUUGGUAGAAUUAGAUGUGAGUGAUUGCACUCAGCUUACUGCUGCUUCUGUAUCUACAAUAAUUAGUGAACUGCGUCACACAGAAUACUUAGCCUUCUCACGCUGCUACACCAUACAACCAGAUGCUUACCUGGAGCUGAAGUCCAUGCCACAUCUGCUCUACUUGGAUCUGUAUGGCAUACUGAAUGAGAGUGCACUCAGUACCCUGCGACAGAGCCUGCCACACAUACAAAUUAACAAAUAUCUAUUCUCCUCUGUGGCUCGGCCUACAGUGGGUAUACGCAGGACAUCUGUUUGGGGGCUGAGAGUCAGAGAUUAAAUUCAUCCAUGCAAGGAUACAAAACCUUGUAUAUGACAAGUCAGCUACUAGCAUUUUUAUGGACUUCCCAAAGACCUAACAAGUAGUCAUGUAAGCACAAGUGCCUUAUUUAUUAAUCCAAGAUAUUUGAUAAAUGUGAUCUGAGUGAAACAGACACCAAGGCUUUUAAUAAAUAUUUGCAAUAAAACCUGCUGUAGAAAAAGACCAUUUGGGAGGUAAGUAUGAAAUAAAUUUCUGAAAUGCUCUACUGUAAAUAUCUGGCUAGUGUAUUCCAGUGCAACGUGAAUAAGACAACAAGUGAUGUAUGAAGUGUGUGAAUGUAAAAGAAUGACAAUGUUUUAUACAGUGACGUGAAUGAUUCAUUUAGAAAAGAAUUUCCAGAAGAGUAUGUAUGUUAUAUUUUCAUGUGGUGGUAUUAAGGAAUGCACAUAUCCCCUGUGCUUUAUAAUGCAAGGUUAAUUGAUUUCUUUUAAACCACUGCCAACAAAUGCAUCAUACUGUACUUUUUGAGCUGAUAAGGUACUAUACUGAAUGUUGUGAAAAUUCUUAGCUAUUUGGAGUAAUGCUACAAAAAGAAUAAUGCCUGAAUGAUCAAGCAGUUGAAUAUUUCAUAUAUAUUUUUUUCUCCAUUGUUCCAGAAAAAGUGACAUUAGUUGUCCAAACCAGAUAUAUUUGUCACCAUAUGUUAAUCAAUUUGAAGGAAAGAUUUCAUGGUGUCAUAGUUCAUUGUUGAAUGCUAUUAAGUUUUUUUUGUUUGUUCUUUAUUGUUAAUUACAUCUUAGUGGUAACAUUCACCCACAUAUUUGUUGCUCAAUGUAGAUUAAUCAGUAUGUGCCUGAGAAAACAAAGGACACUGCCAAGAGAUACCCACAAAUUGUGUUCUGCAUUCUCAUCUGUGGUUCUUAGAAUUCUUGUAGGUUUAUACAUGCCCUCUUUGAAACUGAAUUACUGUUUUCCAUCUUUAUUUUUAUGUAAUAUUAUGAGCAGCAUUGUUUAUUAUUGCAGUUAAUAGUGAUAUAUCUAAAUAUAAAUAAAUUGUCCUUAGUCGUUAAUAUUUGAUUUUUAUAGGCUUAAUCAUAAAGUUAAUGGGUAAUGAUGUCAUGACAUGAUUUAUUAGAUUUUCUGUGAAAUGAUUGUGAUGAGCCAGAGGACACUAUGUAUUGAAAAAGACAGCACAAGGACAAUUGUUCAGGAUAGCAAUAAGGGAUGUAUUAUAGGAAACAAAAUUUAUAUCAAUAAAAUUAUAUCAUAACCGUAGAUAGUAGAAUUUCUGCAUUAUAAUUUUAUGUAGUGAAAAUUGUUGUAUAAACCAUCUUAUCUGUGAUAGAAUUCUUUUAUGCCACAGUUCCAUGUUAUCAUUAUAAGAGUUAUUUGCUCUAUUGUAAGGGACAAACUUGGUGAAGAAGCAUUAAGUAUGGAUUUGUUUAUUUUAGAUUACAAAGUGAAUAUAAUUUAUAAUGAUUACUUAACCAGCCAAUGCAUUGUUUAUUUAGCUCAAUUUUCAUUACAUCUCACCAAGCAUUACUAUUUUUGUUAAUAAAUUUGAUCUUUUGUUUCUCAUUAUUUUGUGCAUGGUUUUCAUGCAGCUUCACUGAGAAUGGACAUUUGUAGAGUUUACAUUUAGUUUGGAAUUUUGUUAGAAUUUCAGUGAAUUUCAUUGUUAAAAUUAAAUUUCCAAGAUUGGUUAGUCAAUAUUUGGAAAUUAUAAAUAAUUGUAUGAUGUAAAUGGGUAGUAAAUACUAGAUUAAAAGUGUGUUUAUAAUUUUAGUUUUAUUACCAUAACAGUGAACUUUACCCGUCGACAUCCUUGCAGAAUCCCACACUUCUUCCUCUGACAACUUUGACCUAACUACCCUUGUUAAUCCCAACCUUCGCCCAUUUAAUUAUCCUUUCUACCCUGACUCCUCUGCUCCUUUUCAUGACUUUUUCUAUAGUGCUAUAUGACCUUUGAUGUCUAACACAUUUAUUUAGCUUUGUAACUAUUAAUCAUAGACUAAUAUGUAUUAUUUGCUGUUCACACAGUUAAACUAUAUUUUGUCUGGAACAGAAAAAUAGUUUACAUUGUGCAUAGAUAUCUCAAGAUUUAUAAUUGCAAUGUAUUAUAUUUUUUCAACUUUUUCCCAAAAACGUUUGUAAAAAUGUAUGUAAAUAAAAAGGGUCAAUGAAAUCAGAUCUUUCUAUUUGAUUAUUAUUAUUUAGCAGUAGGGCCACAACAAAUCAUAACAACAUGGCAUACCUACAUGGUAAGGCCACACUAAUAUAUACACACAUUAGAUACAUAGAUCAGUUCAUGCAUUGCAGAUAGGAUACACUGGAUUCUUCCUUUCCUAUAUAUUUGUGCAGUUAAUUAUUCCUUAUGGUUACAUUUCUGCAUACAGGUAUCUUUGCAGUUUAUACUUGAUAAAGUCCAUUGUAGAGGAGUAUACAAAUUUGUACAACAUAACCUCAAUAGCGCCAUAAAAUAUGAAAUAAUUAUUCACAUAAUUUCUAAGUCAGAUUAACCAUCUCAUAUAUAUUCUAAUUAUCUGAGGACAAUCGAUGCUGUAUUAUGUUAUACUCAAUUGAAUCAAUAGGUAUUAUGUAGUCAUACCUGAUUACUAGACAAUUCCAAUAAUUAUAUAUGCAGUUUAUUAAGCUACUUUAGCCAUGCAUUUUUAGUUUGUGCAACUGAAAUUCAAAUAUAAUGAGAUGUUACUUUAUUAGCUAUAUUCUGUCAACUUAUUUUCAAUUUUAAGCUAAUGCUAAAUUAUGCUUCUAUUUCUGAAUAUAUACCUGAAAAAUCCCAGAUUUCUGUUAAUAAGGUUUUAAAUUAAGUACAACAUAACUUUGCAAAUGUAUAUUGAAAUAGUGCCAACCCUUCUGGCAAUGCAUAUUGGCAUUGUAUUAAUAUGUGGAAUUUCUGCUAACAAAAAGAACUGGUAUGAACAAGGAAGUCAGCCUUCAUGUAAAAGAUUGAAACAUGAAAAAUCAAACAAACAGAUU